AUGGUGUAUAAAGGCACACACAUUGACGUUCUCUUGACAGCAAUGGUCUGUGAUGCCCCGGCCAGGAGCUUCGUGAAGCAGAUCAAGAGCCACGCUGGAUACCACGGUUACGAGCGGUGCUCCCAACGAGGACAGUACGUUGAAGGUCGAGUUACCUUUCCCGAACUCAAUGCGCCACUUCGCACAAACGAGACAUUUCGAGAUCAAGCGGAUCCAGCACAUCACAUCGGUGACUCCCCAGUUGCUGACCUCGACGUGAACAUGAUCACAAUUUUUCCCCUUGACUACAUGCACCUGGUAUGCCUUGGCGUGAUGCGUCGCUUGUUGAGAAGUUGGACCUGUGGUCGUGGAACACUAAGUGUUGGUCAACAGCGUGACCUCAGCAGUAAACUUGUGGCCUGCGCCAAGGAGUUCCCGUCGGACUUUCAAAGAAAGCCAAGAGGUUUGGAUGAACUAGAUAGGUGGAAGGCCACAGAACUAAGGUCUUUCCUUCUUUAUGUGGGACCUGUAGUGCUGAAGUCUCUUCUUCCAAAGACCCACUACGAACAUUUUCUCCUUCUCCACGUGGCCAUCAGGAUCCUUGCGUCACCAGCAUUCUACGUUUGCCACAACAGUUUUGCAAGAGGGCUGUUGCGCUACUUUGUGCAGCAAUUUGGCACUUCCGCACUUUAUGGGCCUAAACAGCUGACCUAUAAUGUACACACCCUCAGCCACCUUGCUGAAGAGUGCUUGAUACAUGGGCCCCUUGACGCGUUCAGUGCGUUUGGUUUUGAGAAUUUUCUUGGUAAGCUUAAGAGAAUGCUGCGCACUCGCAACAACCCCCUGGCUCAGGUUAGUCGCAGACUUUCCGAGCGCGCUGGACCCGCAUCAUUCCAGACUGCAACCAAGACUCAUGCAAUCAAGGAAGGACAAUGCUACCUGUUAAAUGACCGACCAGCAGUCACUGUUAAGGUUGGCAGGAUCAGCUGUGAUGUAGCAGCUUUGACAAACCCCGGAAUACUAAAACCCGGAGAUUUUUUCAAGGCCCCAGCACACUCGUCCGCAAUUGAAAUCUACAGGACAGACGUCCAUAGUACUAGCACGAAAUCAUGGACACAGGCUGCUGUCAGAAAUGCCCCAAGAUGCCUGAAGCUGCCCUACAAGAAGGGAUUUGUUGUAACACUACUGCUCCACCUUCAGGGAUAG